CACCGCACAUCUCACGACACGACGACAUGGCAGAAGAACUUCCAGCAGCAGCAGCAGCGGCCGCCCCGGCCAAAGUGGCCAAGUCCCCGAAGAAGAAGAGCGCUCCCCGGCGCAGGAAGGACGGACCCUCCCUGCCGCAGAUGAUCACAGACUGUCUGACAGAGGUCAAGGAACGCAAGGGGACCUCGGUGACCGCGCUGAAGAAGAACCUGUCGGCUAAAGGCGUCGACGUGAUCAAGUUGAACAAACGCAUCAACGCCACCAUCACGAAGCUGGUGAGCUCCGGAGUCCUGAUCCACGUCAGAGGCAUCGGGGCGUCCGGCUCCCUCAAGCUCGUCAAGGAAGCCAAAGCCGCGAAGCCCGCCGCCAAGAAAGCGGUGGUGGUGGUGGUGAAGAAGAAGCCGACGACCGCCGUCAAAGCCAAGAAACCCGCGGCCAAGAAAGCGGCCGUGAAGAAGACGGUGGUGAAGAAGACGGUGGCGAAGAAGACGGUGGCGAAGAAGUCCCCGAAGAAAGCGGCGGCGAAGAAGACGGUGGUGAAGAAGAGUCCUAAGACGGUCGCCCCCCCGAAGAAGAGUCCCAAGAAGGCCGCUGUCAAGAAGUCCAAGGCCGCCGUGAAGAAGCCCGUGGUCAAGAAAGCUCCGGCAAAGAAGCCCGCAGCUAAGAAGGCGAAGAAGUGAAGCGGCUGCCGGUCACUGACGUCACACACUCAACGGCUCUUUUAAGAGCCACCACACUUUCUACUGAGGAGCGCGACUCUCCUGUCACUCACUGACGUCAUCAAUCACUCACUGUCCACUGUUGACCCACCAGACUCCAAUCGACCAGAAAACACAUGUGAGAUGAAUUAACGCAUCAGAUUUUAGGAUAAUGAUCAUUCAGAUUUCUGCUGCAGCCUCGUUACACCGACAUUGAUCGGCGAUCAGCUGCUGUUCACUCUAGUUCAUCAAAGCAGGAAAUAAAUAUUCAUCUGCCACUAAACACGUUUAAUAAGGUCACGUCAUCGAUAUGAUUGUUAACGUCUGAGGCUAAAGUGUCAAUAAUCAGAGGCUAUUGAUCAAGAUGAUCAGUUAUUGUCUGAGGGUGUGAUGUCAUCAGUCUGAUUAAAAUAUAUAUGAAAUAUUGAUUGUGACAGACAACAAAUUAGCAGAUCAGCGUCUGUUGGGAGGCAGAUUACAGGUAAUACAUUCUAUAUAUCUAUAUAUAUAGAUAUAUAUAGCGACACAGUUGCUUUUUUUCUUGUCCAGAAAACCCACAUGAACCGUAAUAUAUAUAUAAUUAUUAUAACAGUCAAAGGUUUUCAUAUAUUGCAAUAUUCCAACAGAAUUAUGAAUCAAAGCUCUGCAGCUUCAGACCUCAAAGACCAUGAAAGAUUAAAAAAAUAAAUAUAUUAUAUAUUUUGAAAAUAUUAAACAGGACUUUUGAAAAGAGGAAGAUUGAAG